GUGACAACUUUUUACCAAUUGAAGAUAGGUGUCUCUAUUAUGACAAUCUAAAUAGCCUAUUUCCAAACUUUUUUCCAUAAAACAUAUUAACGUGCUAGAACUGAUGCACAUCAAAUAAAUAACGGCGGCAAAGCACAGGAAAACGACUUUGGGCGCUCUAGAUAAAUUCGCUUGGAGGUCGUUUUCAGGCGGGUUUUGUGUAGUAAUUGGCUAGAAAUUUUUGCUAGACCUGGCAACCCUGCCUCUGUUGCGUUCUAAACUUCACAGGCGAGACGGGGUGUGUGGCGGCUAGCUAGCUAGCUAGCAUCUGGCGAAAAUAAAAAACGUUGAAAGCUCUCAAACUCGGGUUGCAGAGACAUCUCUUAGCUACCAGCCCUGUGGUCUGCCUCUAGCCUGUCUAUGAACUGAAGUGCCUCGUUAUAAAAGAACAGACAGUCCCCAAUCAUGUCUGCGGUGGCUCCCAACAGUAAGAGCCAGUCCAGUCUCAGAGAAGACUUGACCUGUGCCAUCUGCUGUGACCUCUUCACUGAGCCGGUGAUGCUGGGGUGCAUGCACCACUUCUGUAAGCCCUGUAUCAGUACCUACUGGAGGGGCACCCAGACACCGGUCUCCUGUCCCCAGUGUAGGAAGGAGUUCACCACCAAACAGUUCCAGACCAACUAUCUGGUGACGGCCAUGGUGGAGAAGGUUAGGGCCUCCACCUCGGACUGUUUUGUCAAGAAUAUAGAGAAACAACUAAAGGAGUCGUUGGAGGCCCACAGACAGAGACGAGAGGACUUCAUCACCGCUCUACACAGAGACCAGGACAAGAUAGAGAGCAUCAAGAGAAUUGGCUCUGAGCUGCAGGCGCGGGUCCAGGGGGAGUUCCAGGCGUUGCAGGCGUUCCUUGCGGAGGAGGAGGCGUGUGUGUUGGAACAGCUGCGGAGGGAGCAGGAGGAGGCUGUGGAACAGCUGCAGCGCCACCUGGAGGCCGUCAGAGAGGCUGUCAGGCGGCUGGAACACAGUAUGAGGGUCCUGCAGGAGGCUGCCACCCCCACGCAUCAGACUGGACUAGUAGAGCUUCCACAGCUACGCAGGACUCCAUUAGAGGUGGACCCAGGACCAGAGCUGGACCUGGAUGGCUUCGGCAGCAGAUACACGGCACCGCUACAAUACAUUACCUGGAGGAAGAUGUUCAGGUCUCUGAAACCUGGUCUGGCCCCGGUAACGUUUGAUGUGGACACGGCCCACCCCAGUGUCUAUGUGUCCAGAGACAGAACCGUAGCAGUAGACUGUGAUGGCAUGGUCCCCUACCCGUCCAACCCUAAGAGGUUCCUUCAGUGUGUCAACGUGCUGGGUGCUCAGGGCUUCCAAGCUGGACGCCACUACUGGGAGGUAGGAGUGGGUAGCAAGGCCAAGUGGGACCUGGGUGUGGCGUCAGAGAGGGUUGACCGUCAGGCCCGGGUCAAGCUAAGUCCUGAAAGCGGUUACUGGACCCUACGACUGAGAGAGGGAGACCAGUACUCGGCAGGCACACAGCCCUGGACACGGCUCCAGGUUGGGUGGUCUCCCCAGAGGAUAGGGGUGUUCCUGGACUGUGAUGAGAGGAAGGUGUCCUUCUAUAACGCUGAUGACAUGAGUCUCCUGUACACCUUUAGCAACGGCCCCAGAGGCAGAGUGCUGCCGUUCUUUAGCCCCUGUGUCAGUGAUACUAACCAGAAACCACAGCCCAUCCAGCUGCUACACUAUCCUCCUGUUGAUCUGACCUAUUAGGACAGGUGUAUCAAUGACUACAGUCAGAAACCACAGCCCAUAAUGCUCCUACACGCUCCCCCUGGUCAUGACUGGUGUCUUUGAGAUGGGUUUCUCUGGUCCUUGGAUCUUGAUUUGCCAGUUGAUGUAAUGUUUGCCCAAAGCGUCUACUCUGUGAGCUUCCCAAGUCUGUAUAACCAAAAUGCUCCAUAUCACCUCUGAGGCAUUUACUUCCAGAGGGUUUUGCAAUGGAACAGUUGCCAUGAUACAUCUAUCAUCACCUUGACCCUCUCUAUCAGCAUGCAGUAUCUUAUUUCAUGGACAUCACGAAGUGGUCUCAUUUAUAAAGGUGCAAUAGACCUGUUCUAAUAAAUGCUGUUUUUAAAGUGGCUAUAUGUUACUUUUUCGGCGACCUGACCAAAUUCACAUAGAAAUAUGAGUUAUAGAUCUAUAAUUCAGCUUGAAAACAAGUCUAAGAAAAAGUAGAUCUGUUCUAUGUUCUACUAUUUCUCUGCUUCAAGUUAAGUUUUGUUUUUGCUGCUUUUGCUUUCGGUUUUGUACACCAGCUUCAAACAGCUGAAAAUAUAAUAUUUUUGGUUAUGGAAAAUAUAUAUUCACAGCGGUUUAGAUAGUAUAGUGUAGAGAAUCAUUGUACUCUCUUAUUUUGUAACGUAAACAGAAAGUAGGCGAACUGUUAAAGAGUUUUAGCAACCAGGAAAUGGCUGAGUGAUUUCUGCAUAAUGCAUCUUUAAGUAUCAGCCAUAUGCCUGUCUCUCUCUGUUUGACUAAAUGUGGCCCGCUGUCCAUUACUGGAUGUUUCCUCCUGUCUUUAGGAGUCUCUGUAGAUAUCGAUAAAUCACUUGGUGCCAUAAUUACACUGCACCUUUAAAUCCCCCUGCUUUCUCAUCAGGGCCUAUGUUAUGCCUCCUCACCUUUAAAUCACCCUGCUUUCUCAUCAGGGCCUAUGUUAUGCCUCCUCACCUUUAAAUCACCCUGCUUUCUCAUCAGGGCCUAUGUUAUGCCUUCUCACCUUUAAAUCACCCUGCUUUCUCAUCAGGGCCUAUGUUAUGCCUUCUCACCUUUUUAUGCAAUCUCUUUUUAUUUUUAAUCGGUUCAAUAUAGCUUUCAAAAUAGUAUUACUUUUAUUUCAUCACAGUACUUUUUUAAUUUUGUUUUGAUUUAGAAAUGAAUUCACCAUAUAACCCAAUACAUAUCCAGGUACUAACAUUAUGCUCUUUCUCCAAAUCUAGAAAUAUGAAUACUGGACAUUUUACAUAUCUCAAUCAAUCUGUACUCAUCAGCUUAAAUGAAGGACUGAUUUUAUUCUAAUCAGAAAAAGCCAAAUGUUUAUUGGAAGAUGUCAAUAAAAAUAAUCAAUAAACCAA